AUGCGCCUGCCGUGGUCCAUCCUAGGCCUGGUCGCCAUCUCUUCGGCCAUCCCCACCCCCUCAUCCUCAUCUCACGAGAUUCACUUGAAUUAUCUCCCCGAACAUUCCAUUUCUCCGGAAUCAUACUUGUCCGUGGAAUGGUCCAUGCAAGAUGGCACCUUAUAUGCCAAUGGAGAUCGGAUCUUCCCGCCAUCAGUGUCAUCAAAAAUGCAGGUACAUGCACCUCGAUAUGAAGGGGCACAGAAGAAGCGCCUGGAUACCGAAACUCUCUACUACUCCCUGGAGGUCCGACCCCUCUCUAGCCAUGAAGUCGGCGCGCCCCAUGGUAUCGUGAGAGUAAAUGUCGACUUCUUGGGAGAAGAUGGCAAACCCGUGACACCAAACACCGUCGUUCUGGAUCUGCUGGAUCAUCCAGAUGGUAACCCUCGCAUCACCAAAAUUCGCAUCGAACCUGGCAAAUCGCGCUCCGAUGACCGCGAUGAACGAAAAUGGCAGAUGAAGUUCUGGCAGACGGAGAUGGGCGCACUCUUCCAACACAAAGAUCACAAAGAUGACAAAGAUCACAAGGAGCACAAGGAGGCAGGACCUUCCCAAACUGAUUCCGCUAUCGACCCGGCUUCUCAGUCAUCCAAGGUUGAGGUCUCUGACUCCAAGCCCAGCGGCAUCAUGGAAUCGACCGUUGGCUACAUCUUCUCGCCUUACUUUGCCCCCUCAUCUUAUUCUCACCGAUCUCAUCGCCGCCCACACGAUCACGACCACGAUCACACCUUUAUGCGCCUGGUGCGCCCGGUGAUCCUUCCAGCCUUUUUGGGUGCCGUGGCUGGCUUGUUCGCUUGCCUGGUCGGCUUCCUCGUAGGCCAUGUCAUCAUGUCCGUUUCCUACCGGCUUGGAUUACGCAAGAAUCCUCGCCAUCGCUACCGUCGCUCCCGAGUGACCCACGUGGAGGAUGAUAUGCCUGAAAAAGCCAGUCUACUCUCCGAGACUAACGUGACUGAGUCCGAGGUCUAA